AUGAUUUUUCUCCUUGGAUUCUGCUUUUGUGUUUCCACUUCCCUGGGAGAUAAAGGGGCUGAAAUCACUGACAACAACCUGUUAGAGUUUUCAUUAGUAAAUGGCAUAGAGGAAAAAGUUGCAUCCCGAGUUCCAAGGCAAAUUCCCUUUUCUUCAAGAAGAGAAAUCAAGCCCUUGGUUUCUGAAUUCACUGUGAAAUCAACCAUUAUAUCACGCUAUGCUUUCACUGCUGUGUCCUGCACCAUGGUGAAUCGGGCAGCUGAAGCUAAAGAUGUUGUAUUCCAGAUGCAGAUUCCAGCAACAGCUUUUGUCUCCAACUUCACUAUGAUUCUUGGAGGCAAAACAUAUUACAGUGAAGUCACAUGGAGAAAGAAGACUGGAGACAACAAUAUACAUGAUUAUGAGAAAAUUAAUGGUGACAGGGGAGAGAAUGAAAUGGAAACAUUUAAUGCAUCAGCAUUCAUUCCUGGAAGAGACAAAGCUAUUUUUCUGCUUAUGUAUGAAGAGCUGCUUCAAAGACGUCUUGGAAUGUAUGAGCAUGUAAUCAGUGUACGCCCACAGCAGUUAGUUGGCCGCCUAUUGGUGGAGGUCAAUAUUUUGGAAACAUCUGGAAUCACUUUUCUUGAGGUUUUGCCACUCCAAAACAAUAAGCAGAAAAGUAAAAAUGUAGAUGAAAUCUCCCCCCCUCCUUCAACGAUUAUUAACCAGACAGAAAAUUUUGCAAGAAUAACAUUUGAACCCAAUGUAGUUCAGCAAGCAAAGAUCACUCAAAAUGGGAAUCUUGGUGAUUUUGUGGUUCGAUAUGAUGUAAGAAGAGAGCUUAGCAUUGGCGACAUUCAGAUAUUAAACGGAUACUUUGUACAUUAUUUUGCACCCACUGACUUACCUCCUCUACCAAAGAAUGUGGUUUUUGUCAUUGAUACAAGUGCUUCCAUGGUUGGAACUAAAAUGAGACAGACACAAGAUGCUUUAUUUACUAUUCUUCGGGACUUGAGACCAGAUGAUCAUUUCAAUAUAAUUGGGUUCUCCAGCAAAAUAAAAGUUUGGCAACAAAACCAACUUGUGAAAGUUUCUCCAAACAACAUUCGAGAUGCAAAAAAGUUCAUAUAUGGCUUGUCACCUACAGGAGGUACAAAUAUAAAUGGAGGUAUCCAGGCUGCCACCAGCCUCCUCAACAAUUAUUUAGUUAAUAUGGACAAGCAUGAAAAAACUGUGUCACUGAUAAUAUUCUUGACUGAUGGAAGACCAACCCUUGGGGAAGUCCAGUCUAGUAAUAUCUUAAUUAAUGCCAAGAAUGCCAUCAGGGAAAAGUUUUGCCUAUUCAGCAUCGGCAUUGGCAAUGAUGUUGAUUUCCAACUGCUAGAAAAAUUGUCUCUGGAAAACUGUGGCAUGAUGCGCCGGGUCACUGAAGACGAUGAUGCAGCUAUUCAGCUGAAAGGGUUCUAUGAUGAGAUCGGAACACCAUUGUUAUCUGAUAUUCGAAUUGACUAUUCACCGGAUAGUGUAGAAUACGUCACACAGAACAUGUUUUACAACUACUUUAAUGGGUCCGAAAUAGUGGUGGCCGGAAAACUGAUGAAUAAAUCCAGCGAUGCUUUGCAUGUGGAAAUCACAGCAAGUAACAGAAACAAAUAUGUUGUUCUCGAAGCCGAUGUAAAGAUUGAAGGAGCUGGACAAAAGGAGAUUACAAAAUCUCAGAUUAUUGAGGACAACAAACAAUACAGGAACCACAUAGAACGGCUGUGGGGGUACCUGACAUUCAAGGAACUCCUUACAGCUUGGCAUAAGAGUGACAGAGACCAAGAGAAGGAGGAAAUAACAAGAAAGGCCAGCCAACUUGCACUGAGGUAUAAUUUUGUCACACCAUUCACACUGCUAGAAGUAAAGGACUAUGGCUUCCAGGCGGAUCUUCCCAAAGAAGAGUCAGCCAGCCUUUAUACAGAGGGGAUCGGACAGAAACUGCUCAGCCUACAAGGAAGAAAAGUAACAAAAGGUACCUCAACUAUAUAG